UCAUGGAUUAAAAUGAUAGAUAUGACAAUGAGAAGGUUCUAAAGUUGUUGACAGAAGCAAAUCAAUUCUUUGAAUAGAAUAGAGAUUACCCUCCUUAUUAAAUAGGUGAAUUUUUGGUUGAAUUCUGUAAACUAUUCAAACAAUUGGGAAAAUUACUAUAUUUUGCAUUUUCAGAUGUUAUUGAAAAAGCAUAAGUCAUCAAAGAUAGAGGAAAUGAAUAUAAUGAAUAAACUAAAGGAAUCUAUGGAAUUAUAUAAAUAGAGAAAUAAAAAGGAUUAAUGGAAUUAAAUGGAGAAAAUAAUAAAGAGAUCUUAAAAAAUAAAGUACCAUAAAUCCAUUAAUUUAUAUAUAUAGACUUUACCAAAUUAUUAAUCUAUGGCUAGAACAAUGUUGAGAAUUAUUAGAUUCUUUAAUUAUUUGAAGAUUAUGUUUAUUGAUGUUGAUACAAAUAGAAAUAAAAAGUUUUCAGAUAUCUGUUCAGAUGCAUAUAAUGAAGCCUUGGCACCUUAUCAUACGUAAUUAAUUUAUAUAUAUUUAUAGAUUUAUGGUAAGGAAUGCUGCCAAAGCUGCUUGGUUAGCUGCUCCAAGUAGAACUAAAGUCUUUGAAACUUUUGCAGGUCCAAAUCAGACUGAUGAAGUUGCUUAUGCAGCAAUUAAAAAAUUUGUGAAUGCUCUUGAACCAAUCAGACUCAACUUUUGGGAUUAUUAUAAUUCAAACAAAUUAACAAAUUUGCCAUGAA